UCAUGGAGGCGAGGCUGAUCCUGGAGCCCACCGGCCGCAGCUGCUGGGACGAGCCGCUGAGCAUCACGGUGCGUGGCCUGGCCCCGGAGCAGCCCGUCACGUUGUGCUCGUCCCUGCGCUACGAGAAGGGCGCGCUCUUCCGAGCCCACGCGCUCUACCGCGCCGAUGCCCACGGAGAGCUGGACCUGGCGCGCGCGCCCGCUCUGGGCGGCCCCUUCACGGGUCUUGAGCCCAUGGGGCUGAUAUGGGCCAUGGAGCCCGAACGGCCUUUCUGGCGUUUGAUCAAGCGGGACGUGCAGACGCCCUUCUUGGUGGAGCUGGAGGUGCUGGACGGACACGAGCCCGACGGUCGGCGGCUGCUGGCGCGGGCGGUGCACGAGCGUCACUUCAUGGCUCCCGGGGUGCAGCGCGUGCCUGUGCGCGAGGGCCGGGUGCGCGCCACACUCUUCCUGCCUCCAGGGAAUGGACCUUUUCCUGGAAUCAUAGAUCUUUUUGGAGUUGGAGGUGGCCUUCUGGAGUACCGGGCGAGUCUGCUGGCUGGGAAGGGCUUUGCCAUCAUGGCUCUGGCUUAUUACUACGAGGACCUCCCCAAGGACAUGGACACUAUCCGCCUGGAGUACUUUGAGGAAGCUGUGUCCUACCUGCUCCGUCACCCUCAGGUCAAGGGUCCAGGAAUUGGCCUGCUGGGGAUUUCCAAAGGGGCUGAACUCUGCCUCUCCAUGGCCUCUUUCCUG